GUGAGGCGUGACGUCCAUCCACUUUAGCUUCCAAACACGUUCAGUAGUCUGCACGCUUUCAGGAAGUCCAGUCUUCACCAGCUGAGUGAGGCUGACUACCUGACCGCUCGGCUGCAGCUCCUGCGGUAACUCGUGGACGACCGUGAGGGAAGAUGCCACGGAUAGCGGCCGUACCAGAGGUCCACAGUCAUGUCCUGGCAGAGUUCGACUGCCUCGACCCUCUCCUCGCCACACUGCGCUUAGACUCCGGCAGGCUCAAGUGCACAUGCUUGGCUGUGUCAAGGAAGUGGCUCGCAAUAGGAACGUCGGCCGGAGGGUUGCACCUGAUUCAGAGGGAAGGCUGGAAACAAAGGCUUAUACUUACUCACAAGGAAGGAUCUAUUACACAGGUGUCAUGCUGCCCGCAUGAUGAAAACUUGAUUGCAAUUGCAACAAGUCAGGGUCUGGUGGCUGUGUGGGAGCUGCAGCUGGAGCGCCGUGGUCGUCCAGAGAGAAUGAGCGUGUCGUGGGAGCACAGGGGCCAGAACAUCACUGCACUGUGUUGGGACACCAAUGCGCUCAAGGUUUUUGUCGGAGACUCGGCAGGCAAGGUGUCCUUUCUGCGGGCAGGAUCCUCAAAGCUGGGCAAGGGAUCAGGAUUCGUAAUGUUUCCUGUUCAGACUGUCACCACUGUUGACUCCAAAGUGGUUCAGCUUGGGUACCAGGACGGUCGGCUGCUGGUGUCUUCUCUGAGCCGCUGUUACCUCUGUGAUACAGAGAGGGAGAAGUUUUGGCGUGUCGGGAACAAGGAGCGUGACGGGGAGUAUGGCGCUUGUUUUUUCCCUCAGAACAAGGGAUUGUUGGUGGGCCAGCCCCCGCUGCUCUAUUGCGCCCGGCCUGGGUCUCGAAUAUGGGAAGCCAGUUUUAAUGGCGAGGUUUUAAGCACCCAGCAGUUCAAGCAAGUGCUUACCUGCCCUCCUUUACCUCUCAUCACAUACAGAAAUGAGCCACAAUACAAUGCAGGGCAAAAGAGCCCCCAGUCAAUUGCCUUCCCAAAACUACUAUAUUUUGGAGACCAAAACCUGCUGACCUGGACUGAUUCAGCCAUUUAUAUCUUUACACCUCAUAAUGGCCAAGUUCUACUGUGGACAGAGAUCAAAGACGUGCUCGACAUCGCAGUCCACCGCAACGAGCUUUUCUGCCUCCAUGGCGGCGGCCGUCUGUCCCACCUCACCCUGUUGUCUGCAGAACGCUGUGUUGAACGCCUUCUUAAACGGGAGUCCUGGCCUCUGGCGGCUUCAGUCUGCUGUAUGUUCCAGCAGACCAUCAGCAUCAGUCGGGACAGAAAAUCAAUUCCCAUCGACCGUCUAGAACACCUUCGGUCCCAGCUCAGUUCCAGCACUCACCCCGAGUUGAUUGGCCAACUGGAUGAGGUGAUCGCCAAGCUGGAGCCCCUGGACUCGGCCUGCAGCAGCCGCAGAAGCAGCAUCUCAUCGCACGAGAGCUUCAACGUCCUGGACUGCGGUAUCUACCGGGUGAUCAGUCGCCGAGGGAGCCAGUCCGACGGAGAGACGAGCUCCCUCGUGAAUCAGUCCAUGUUGGAGGAGGAGCGGCUCAAAGAGUUCAGCUUUGCGCAGGAAGAAGAUCAAGCGGACCACGUGCUCCAUCCAUCUUUGUGUUUCUCCUCUGGCUCUCGCCCCGAUCUCGAUUCAGAUCCACAGAGCAGUGAGCGUACGGAAGCCGAGCGAUCUGAGCAAGGCCUGCAAUUCCACCUGCCCCUCUCAUUCCGCCCCAAACCCCCACGCAUUGCACUGCAGGCCGUCAAAGACAGUGUUUCUAGUUUUGUCAAGAAGACAACUGAGAAGAUCAACACGUUCCAGAUGAACUCUGAACUCUGGCAGCGACCCGACUUCAGAGAGAGCGCACAUGCCGAGAUGUCUGCCGGCUCUGCUCAGUUCUCGGAGGAAGCAGAUAUUCAAGUUUAUGCAGACAUGCCCGACACGGCGUCUGACCUGUUAGAGCUUCAGUCGGCCACCGAACAGGCCAUUUCCCAGAUUCAAGAUCCCUUGGUUUUGCUGGAUCCAGACUUCCUGGGAGAAACUCUACAAGAGUGGUUGAAAGCGCUGGAGCGAGUCCUCAGGCCGGCUCGGCCCGAGUCAGCUGCUGGAGGUCCUUCAGACGCAUACGAACCCGGACAAGAUGCACGGGAACCGCUUUUAAACACACGCUCAGAGAAACCACAAGAGUCAUCAGAAGAACCUACGGAAAGCUUACCACAGGAGAAUAUGCCUCCACAGGUGGAGUGUGAGACUCAGGUGGCCUCAGAGAGCGAGACAGUUGCGCCUGAAGAAGCCUUGCGACUGGUUUCUCCCAAACCGCUACCGUCAGAGCUGCUGGCUAAUCUCACCCAGCUGGCCACACUUUAUACAGAGCUGAGCUGCUUCAGCAAGCAGGCAGGCGCCCAGGCGUUGAGCUGUGCAACCUUCCUGCGCCGCUACUUCUUCCUGCUGGACCAAGAGCGCAUUAGACGCAUGUGUCUGCUCUGCUGCCAGGAGCAGCAGGAGGUGCCGAGCUCCUUCGUCGAGGCCAUGAUAGGUGUAACACAGUCCAGUAAAGUGGUGGAAAUAAUUCACAAAGGAGAUUUACAGCGAUCACUACGCUAUCUGAGAGAACUGCAGCCCUGGAGUCCUCCUGUUCUCCUCGCUCACUUACACAGGUUGUACGAGAAGCACGGUGAGGCGGCUGCACGCUCCUUUUCCCCGUUCUACCCCACCAUCGCACCCGCAGAUGUGAUGCGGAUGGCUCACAAAAGCCACUUCCUGGCCUACCUGGAUAACCUGGUCCUGUCCCAACCUGAGGAGCACAGGUUGUCAUUCCUGCAGUCUCUUCUUGAACCAGAGUCACUGCGGCAGGAGUGGCUUGAGCUGGCACUUACCCACGAUGCACCUCGGUGCCACGAUACACUGACACCCGAGGGACUGCCCAGGUGGAAUUCUCAUUGUUUCAGUUGGGGUUAUGGUCGCCUCCUGUCUCUGCUGAUCCAGCUUCCCGCAGACUUGUUGUCCAAGCAGAAGAUGGCAGAAACCUGCCGCAGUCGCGGGUACUGGACAGGGUAUCUCCACCUGUGUUGUGAGCUACAGCGGCGCGCCGACGCUUUCUCAACAAUCUGUCAGUUGAAUGACAUCACCCUGCUGGAGGAACCAGAUGGUGUGGAGCCCCAAAACUUGGCCGAGUGGAAGCUCCUAAUCCAGUUGGCUCAAGACGGCAGCCGUUCGACAGACGUGAAUGGAGACGCUUUGUCCAACGGCUCCACAGGUUGCAGCAGAAACGUCAGCCUGGAGAACCUGACCCUGCGCCUGGCGCGCACGGCCGGGCCAGAGCGCGCCAUGGCCGUCCUGGAGGAGUGCGGAGUGCAGCCGAGUGUUUCGCCUCACUCCCAGUUGGUGUGUGAGCUGCUGAAGGUGGCUGAGAAGAGGCAGCGGGCGAUCAUUCAGACGAUGCUCGAGCGCUGCGACCGCUUCCUGUGGUCUCAACACGCAUGACCGCGCACAUGGACAUGAGAUGAUGCCAACAAUGCCAGGAUCUUACGCUAGCUUUACUGCAAACUGAUCUUAGAGCUGUGGAUUAAUUUAUUUGCUUUACCUUUAAUGAAGGUACUCGCCCUUAAAACUACAGUAUGUGUUAAUUGCUCGUAUUUUGCACGGAAACUCUUAUCUUGUUUGCAAAUGAAUGUACUGUUGGUGCAAUACUGAUUAAAGGCUGUUUGUUUUGCAUGUGCCAAAAACCUUAA